UUUUUCAAUCCACAGUGAGUCAAAAUGACUCGUUACUCGCUGGAUCCACAGAAUGCCACUAAGUCGGCAAAGGCAAAGGGGUCUCACCUCCGAGUGCACUUCAAAAACACUCGUGAAACAGCACAAACCAUCAAAAAGAUGCACCUCCGACGUGCCGUGCGCUUCUUGAAGAAUGUUGUCGGCCAUACUGAAUGUGUGCCAUUUAGACGGUACAAUGGUGGAGUUGGCAGAUGUGCUCAGGCUAAACAACACAAAACUACCCAAGGUCGUUGGCCAAAGAAAAGUGCCGAAUUCUUGCUGCAGCUUCUCAAAAAUGCAGAGUCCAACGCAGAAUACAAGGGCUUGGACACAGAUCACCUUGUAGUGGAGCACAUUCAAGUCAACAGAGCCCCUAACAUGAGGAGAAGAACAUACAGAGCUCACGGAAGAAUAAAUCCCUACAUGAGUUCCCCAUGUCACAUUGAGGUGAUUCUCGCAGAGAAAGAGGGCGCUGUUGCCAAACCAGAAGAAGAAGAAAAGACCAAGAAGAAAGUGUCCCAGAAAAAACUCAAAAAGCAGAAAAUGAUGAUGAGGGACUAAAAGACAAUGUGCAAAUUUUCCUGUAUAAUUUAAAACAACAUAAAUGGU